AAACCCCUCAACCUUCUCAUAACCACAACACAAAACACCACCACCACCACCUCGCUCUCUUCUUCCCUGCUUCACAAUUUUUAUUUUAAUGAUACUAUUUUGUUAUUGUUAAGACGGCAUCAUCAGGGAAAUGGAUCGGGUGAAGGGUCCAUGGAGCCCAGAAGAGGACGAGGCUUUGCGGAGGCUGGUUCAGGCCCACGGGCCUCGAAACUGGUCGGUGAUAAGCAAGUCCGUUCCGGGACGAUCCGGGAAAUCGUGCCGCUUACGGUGGUGCAACCAGCUCUCGCCGCAGGUGGCCCACCGCCCCUUCUCGCCGGACGAGGACGAGGCCAUCGUCAGGGCUCACGCCAGGUUCGGCAACAAGUGGGCCACCAUAGCUCGCCUUCUCAACAACGGCCGCACCGAUAACGCCGUCAAAAACCACUGGAACUCCACUCUCAAGAGAAAAAAAUGUUCCGCCGUUAGUGACGACGUCACCGAUCGUCCGCCUCUUAAAAGAUCUGCAAGCGUCGGCCCGGCCCAUUUGAACCCUGGCAGCCCAUCGGGCUCCGAUUUGAGCGAUCCGAGCCUGCCCGCUCUCUCAAACCCCUCCCCCUCGGCCCAUUACAGGCCCAAUCUCAUGGAAACCGCUUCUUCUGCUUGCGAUCCAGCCACGUCACUGAGUUUGUCUCUCCCCGGGUUCGGGUCCGGGUCUAACCCAGUUUGCGCACCUCGACCGGUAUCGGUGUCUCCGCCGUCACCGCCUCCGGCGGAGCCGGUGGAGCAGCGGGGGAAGCAAAUGUUCAACGCGGAGUUCUUGAGAGUGAUGCAAGAGAUGAUAAGAAAGGAAGUGAGGAGUUACAUGUCAGGGAUGGAACAGAAGAAUGGCUUCAGAAUACCAACCGAAGCGAUUGGGAACGCGGUGGUGAAGCGCAUGGGAAUUAGCAACAUCGAGUGAAGGAAAGAAACAAAAAACAAAAAAAAGAGAAUAAAAAACGGUGUCGUUUCGAGAUUCGAAUCAAGCCAACUGAACAUGAAUGAUGAAUGAUGAUGAAUCACAGAGUAGAGAAAAGUGAGAACCGAGAAAGAGAAACGGUGGUGUUUUUUUUUUUAAACUUUUUUUUUAAAUUUUAUUUUGUAGUUAAGUUUAAAUAUAAGUUUAAUUUCCCUUUACUUGAGGGUAAAAAAUAGUAAUAAUUUUGGCACUGUGCAGAAGAACCUCAGGACAGAAGGGAAGGAUGAUGAUAAUCAAUCAAAUAGUGUUUUUUUUUUUUUCUGUUAAACAGUAGUAAUUUUUUGUAUGAAAGUUGUUAGGAAUGGGUUUAAGUCUGAAAGAUAUUAAAAUGUUUGUA